UCUCAGCCUCAUUGAUGUGGUCCAAAGGAAAGCAGAACAAUAUGUUUGACACCAGCUUGGCAGCAGGAGUUGAUGGAAGGAGGUGUACAAGUCACCAUCCUUAGGGACUCCACUCUGGAUUUGUGUAGGGUUUACUCCUUAGCCUCUUCUUCUACUGAAGACAUCCAACAAGGCAGCAGAGGUUUAGGAUCAGAGUUUUCCUUCUCCUAGACAGGCAACCUUCCCAGGUUUACAAGACCCACCUGCCCCUUUACAGCAUGUGCAGAAACCACCUUCUUGAAUGUUGGACCCACUAUUGGUCUCAUUCACUCAAUCCACUGGAACUUGUCUUCACAUGCAGGGGAAGUCCCUAACUUACCAAGGGUUUGACACCCAUUGGUUUGCCCUCACCUGGUUUAGAUGGCCACUCGAAGUUGUUCCUGUGGCCGUUGUUGCAUGCUGAUAGCUUCUAGGAGCCACAGAUGAGAGCUGAAUGCAGGCUGGGGGCCAAAGGUGGACAAACUACCCCAGAAGGAGCAUGAUGUGUCCCCACCAGAGGUGCACCGAUGGCACCCCAUGUUCUACAAGGAGAACCAGAUUUGCAGUUUUCAAAUGAGAUAGAUGAUGUGUGCUCUUCUUACCUGGUCAGGGAUACUCCAUCUCAGUCCUCUAAUACAUUGGAAGACCUUUGCUAUAUGAUUCUGGAACUUCUACACAAAGCUCAGGAGUUAGAUGAAAAGGACAACACCAAAAGAUUCUUAUUCCAUUAUUCUAAGACCCAUGACACAGGCAACUCAGACAUUCUGUCGUCUGUCCUGCAUCCUUUGCUGCAACUUGUUCCACAACUGCAUGAGAGAAGACUGAAGAGAUACAAAGCAGACGAAGAACUUCGAAUACCUGGAGGAAUUCAAAGUAGGGGCUACUUUAUCUUCAGGCCACGCAAUGGAAGGAGAUCUGCUACAUUUCGUUAAAAUGGAUUCUUCAGCCUUACACCUAAAAUCAUCACAGGACUGCAGACAAGAUGGGCAUCCUAUUCUUUAUAUGUAAAAUGCUCUCUCUCUCUUUCUUUUUAGAUACUUCAUCAACUAUGUACAUUUCCUAUAAUUAAAAAAAAUGCAGUGUAAACCCUAUGCAUGUUGACUAACAAGUAAGUUUCAGUGUGUUUAAUGGAGCUUACUCUCAAAUAAGUCAGCAUAGGAUUGCAGCCUAAGGUGCAGUUGUUUCUUUCCGAAGUAUCUUAAAAUAAUUCUGUUUCCUCAUCUCACAUUCUUUGCAACUAUGUGUGUAAUAAAAUUGAAAACAAAAUACUGUUGGUGUUAAGAUUGUUGCAUGCAAAAUACUUCGACCAUAGCAGUAUUGCUACACGUGGUGUGUGUGUGUGUGUGUGUGUGUCCCCCCACCUUUUGUUGUAAAUAAAGGCACUCUGUAGAGAGUUGUUUUUAAUGAGAAUUUUUCAGUUUUUAAUGUCAUACUUUGGGUCUUAUGGUUUGCAAUUAUGGUUAAGUGCUAAUAUCUAACAUGAAAUCAAAUGGGCCCUUCUUGCAUACUGUGAUGUUUCUGCUAGUGGAGAAACAGAGCAGUGGAACUAUAGUCAAUGAAAUUUAGCAGUGGGUAAAACUUUCAAAGAGGAGAAUGGGUGCCAUGAAUUAGAAACACGUUUAGAAAGCACAUCUAACAAUAGCCAGUUAUUCAGCUAACUGGAUCUGUUAUUUCCAGAGGGAUAUAGUUUACUGUAGCAAAAAGAAAGAGCCAUGUGGCCCCCUAAAAAUUUAUUAAGUAAGCCCUUUGUCAUUGUGCAGGGCUUAAUUUGUGUUAGGAGUCACCUGAGGGUUAGGCUUGGGGGCUGGGAUUAGUGUUAUGACAUAGCUGUUGAAUACAUGAAGUUAACAUAAAUGCCUUUGUUCGUGUGUUCUGUGUAUCUCUCCUGUCACCAAGUAACCACAAUAUACCACCAUACAUCAGGGUGUUGGGAAAUAGUUUUGCCAGCUGACAAGCCAUCUAAGCAUGGCUGGAGCAUCUCAUUAAAAAUCAAGCAGAAUCUUCACUUCAGAUUGUGUCCACCAUGUGUAUGAAAAAAGCUGGCGAUACCAGUUUGCAGAAUGAACGCACCUUUAACAAUUACGCAUUUUUACAUUUUUUGUCUAUACAGUAUAUGUUUAUUUAUAUCUUCACCUACCUACCUCCUUUUUCUCUUCUCUUCUUUCUAAUGUUAAACCUACA